AUCUACCGUGGGCGCACUGCUGGCCUCCAAGCUGGGAUGGAAAUUCUAUGAUGCUGAUGAUUACCACUCUGAAGAGAAUCGGAUGAAGAUGGGAAAAGGGAUACCUCUGACUGACCAGGAUUCCAUGGCUCUGCAGCUUGCACAACAUUUUACUAAGGUAAGAAGUCAUCUGGCCUGGUAUAAUCCAGUAAAUUAAAAAAAAAAAAAAAAAAAAAAAAAA